CUCCAAUGGUCCAGCUCCUUGUUUAGGGAUACAUCCACUAGCACUAACACGCACCAGAGUCGGCCGCGAUUGCCGCAGCCACGAGCAAAAGCAAAAACUACACUUUUAUUUUAUCAUUCGUACUCGUCGAAGUCCUCCUUUGUUUUGUAUCCACAACUGUGUGUCUGAACAAACGUCAUCACCACGAUGGGCCUCAACUUCGACAGUCCGGCUGGGAGUCGGAUCAGCAGUUCUUGCAGCAGCGGCCGGCCGUCCACUCUUGCGCUUGUCUGCAUCCACCUUCUCGUCCUGUCAGCUACAUCUUCGCUGACCUUCCUUCCCUUCGUUCGCGGUGCGCCGUCCUUCCUCCAGUCUGCUGCAAAACAAGAGGUGGCACGGGCACCGCCGCUGUCGCUCGUAGAAUUAAGUAACGACGAGGUAAUGAGUGGUGAAAUCACGUCGUUCCUGACGCCGCCGCCGCGCCCGCCGACGACCUACGCGUAUGAAGGAGACCAAUACAAAUGCGAGAUUGCGAUGCGCGAAUCACUUCGAAACACAUCAACCGCGACGCGGCGGAAUUUCCAGCCGACGGGCAAGGAGAUUGCAGGAUGGAUUCGCGACGGGCUGCUUACGAAAAAAGAUUGGGACAUUGCAGUUGAGGUUGCCAACUCGAACUCCGGAAGAAAACAAGCAGGAGAAAACGAAGGCACUGGUGGUGGAAGUGAGAGUAGACCACGAGCACGAGGCAAUUUGAUCCCCGCUGCCUAUGUGCGAAGUUUCGCGCAAGGAGGUAAUGCAGAGGUGCUGCGUGAGGCGCUUGGAAAACGGUGGAUAGAAUUUUUUGAAGCGGCUUGUGGAGCUCGAGAUCCUCGCGAAAGGCAGCCGAUUUUUAUUCCAAGAACCUGUCCGGCUGAGUUGGUGGCCGCUUGUGUGCGUGCCCACUGCCCGGACUUGUCUUGGGAAACAAUCGAAGCGGAGCCGACGUGGCUAACUCCGGAAGUGGUGGCAGAAACCAUUUACCAGUACCGCACUCCUGUGCCGAGAAGGAUGACCCGCUCGCGCUGGAUGCGACUACCGGCCGCCGUGAGGCACGCUCCACGUGUCGUCCUCAGCAUGAUUACGCAAGCUAAUUUCCGUUUGCCCAAAAAUUGUACUGCUGGGCGUUGGUUUGGAGAUGAUGGAAAGCUAUCCUACAACGAUAUGGUUGAUCCGGUGGGACCGCAGCACUACCGUGUCCAGCCAGAACAGGUAGUCGAUUUCGACUGGGAUGACAACGACGUGAUACCCGAAGCUCUCAAACGCGACGUGGAAGUGGUGACCAAGGCUGUGUGCCAUGCGUUGCUCACGCCCGCCCAGUUCCGGGCCCUACCGAAUGAUGUGCGCCAUGCGAAGACGGUGGUUAAGUGCAGUGUGCUCAGGGGGUAUCUGAGUGGCCCGAACUGCUGGGACAACUACGAUGAUAUCCCGCAGGAACUCCGGUCGAGCACAGACAUUGUCGUGGCAGCCAUGGGAAGGGGUUUGCUCCGCACGUACGAACAGUGGACGCAACUGCCGGCGAGCGUGAAACGGGCGCCGGCGGGUGCAGAAAACGGAGAGUGGGAUAUCGGUCCUCGGAUGAGAGGCUGGCGCGCCCUUCCGAGUGCCAUACGCGACGAAAUAGAGAACGAAAUACGCCAGGUUGCGCUCCGUCCCGGGAUGCAAGGCUGGAGAGACCUACCGGAAGAAAGACGCAACGAAAUACUGCAGUACUUAAAGCAGAGUCAUAGCCGUUGGGGACCUGCUUGAUCCUUACUGUGAUUAUUUCCUCGUCACAGUCUGGGUUCAGGGUUAGGGUUUAGGGUUUUGAGUCACGAUCACUCUACUUCUAGUUAUAGCGCGGCACAAAAUGUUGACAGACUUUGAUUAGGGAACCUUUCACUACUACGGAUCGCUGUAUUUCUGAUCAGGGGGGCUAAGGACCCUGGCGAGCGACUUCUUCGACCUUGUUAAGUUCGACAACAUCGACCUUGGUUCGACAACAUCGACUUACCAAGGUCGAUGUUGUCGAACUUACCAAGGUGGUAGAGUAGGUAGCAGCGGGGUAAUGAUGAUCGAGAUCCUGAUUAGGACCAACAUGAAUAUAGCCAACCACUUUCAGAAAAAUAAUCACGGAACCUCGGGUGUCAUCGAAACAAUGACAUCACACACCUGCACUUAUAAGUCUUCCGGGGUUUUUCAGCUCCGAAAGCAAAACUAGCCUUGCAAGACCUCAAGUGUCGAAAAAGCAAUCCUCAUGCUCAGAACAAAGAGUAAAGCGGAAAGUCGGAGUAGCGUUGCGCCGAAAAAAGAUUGUAAACGAGCAACCUUCAAGGCUUGCUGCAAGACGACAGUACAUGUACAACUCUC